AUGAACAAACUGCUGCUUGGGGUCUCUGUCCUCACCAGUCUCCCAGAAGCCUUUGCUCAGACAGACCUCAAUGGGAAGGUGUUUGUGUUCCCUGGAGAAUCUUCUAGAGACCGCGUGAAUUAGCUCAUAAAGCUGGAGAAACCUCUAUAGAAUUUUACCUUGUGUUUUCGAGCCUACAGUGGCCUCUCCUGUGGCUACAGCCUCUUCUCCUACAGCAUCCAGGGCAAGGAUGAUGAGAUACUAAUUUUUAAAGAAAGAAUUGGAGAGUACACUCUAUACAUCGGAAGAACCCAAGCUACCACAGUUAUCGAAGAGCUCCCCAGCUCAGCGCACAUCUGUAACAACUGGGUGUCUUCCUCAGGCAUCAUCAAAUUUUGGGUCAAUGGGAAGCCACUGGUGAAAAAGGGCCUGAGACAAGGUUAUUUUGUGGGCGCUCACUCCAAGAUUGUCCUAGGACAAGAGCAGGAUGCCUGUGGAGGAGGGUUUGAUAAGAGCCAGUCCUCUGUGGGAGAGCCUGGGGAUUUGUACAUGUGGGACUCUGUGAUGUCUCCAGACGAGAUCCUGUCUGUGUAUCAGGGCUCCCCCCUCAAUCCCACUCUUCUGGACUGGUGGGCUCUGGACUAUGAAGUGAAAGGAUAUGAUGUCGUCAAGCCCCUGGUGUGGGGCUGAGGUCUUGAACCAACAAGAGCACUUGAAAAUGAAACCAACA